AUGACAAAAGACAUGAUGAAUGACGAUUCAUAUAUAGGCCUGCUAAAGCUACUAGCAAAGUAUGACUUACUUCUAGAGCAAUUCCAAAAGAGUAUGGCUGAUGGCUUCUACAACCUCGGCAGAGCCAAUUACCAUAACAAAGAUUCACUUCGAGGAAGGUAUGGUAUGGAUUACUGGGAUAGAUCUUACGAAGGUCAAUUGGUUGCAGAUAUAGAUGGUAGGGGAGAUGUGAACAUUACAAAACGUGAGAUCAUAGAUACAGAAAAUGAGGAGAAGUCGGAAGCAAGCAACUCACAGAUAAGAAGACGUAAUAGAGGCGACAAUGAGGAGAAGAAAAAAAAAUUUAAGCAAACUGAUCCCCUUUCUAUGUUUGGAGGAUCUCUUACAGCUCCGAUGUCAUUGAGGCAGUCUCAAAGUAAUUUCAAAAGUGGCAUUCCGUUAAUGGUCGAACUUAUAAAUUGUAAAAACUCUAUCCAUCAGCUCGUGAAAACAAUUGGUGAAGACUAA